AUGGGAAGAGGAAGAGUGGAGUUGAAGAGGAUAGAGAACAAGAUCAACCGGCAAGUUACCUUCUCUAAAAGAAGGAAUGGCCUGCUUAAGAAAGCUUAUGAGCUUUCAGUGCUUUGUGAUGCUGAGGUUGCCCUUAUCAUCUUCUCCAGUCGUGGCAAGCUCUAUGAAUUUGGUAGUGCUAGUGUUACCAAAACCCUUGAGCGUUAUCAACGCUGCUGCUACACUCCACAAGAGAACAGCAUUGAACGUGAGACACAGAGCUGGUACCUAGAGGCGACAAAGUUAAAGGCAAAGUAUGAAUCCCUUCAACGCACUCAAAGGCAUUUGCUUGGGGAGGAUCUUGGGCCCCUGAAUGUGAAAGAGCUACAAAAUCUUGAGAAACAGCUUGAAGGAGCUCUUGCACUUGCUAGGCAGAGAAAGCAGCAGGUUUUGACAGAGCAAAUGGAAGAUCUGCGCAAAAAGGAACGUCACCUUGGAGACUUGAACAGGCAUCUCAAACUUAAGCUAGAAGCAGAAGGACAAAAUCUUAAAGCCAUUCAAGACUACUGGAACUCUGGUGCAGCAGAUGGAAGUAGCAACUUCCACUUGCAUCGUGCUCAAUCCAGCCAGAUGGACUGUGAUCCAGGGCCUGUCUUACAAAUUGGGUAUCAUCACUAUGUUCCAGCUGAAGGAUCCUCUGUGUCUGCUUCAAAAAGCAUGCCUGACGAGACUAACUUCUUCCAGGGAUGGAUCCUUUGA